AUGGAAAGAUCGUCAAUAGAAUUUUUCAUAUGUAUUUCAGGGAUAUAUAUAUCAUUUCUUUUAUGGGGAGUCUUACAAGAACGUAUAACAACUACAUUUUAUAAAAAACAAAAAGGGGUAUUUGAUUCAAUAAUAAUAUUGAAUCUUACACAAUCACUUAUUGCGUCUAUAAUAUCUUUUAUUUUUACAUUUUUUUCUACAAAACACUCAAAAAAAAAACCUUUAUCAAAAUCUUUACUUUUAAAAAUUAUUCUAGUAGCAUUAAGUUCAUCUUUAGCAUCCCUAACUAGUCACAUAUCUCUUAAACAUAUUAAUUAUCCUACUCAUAUUCUUGGAAAAUCCUGCAAACUAAUUCCUGUUAUGGCUAUUCAUACCAUCUUUUACAAAACACGAUUUGCUCGUUAUAAAUAUUUAAUAGUAGCUAUAGUUACUUCUGGCAUUAUUAUAUUCACAUUAUGUGAUUCACAAUUAUCAUCAAAAACAAAAAAAAAACAGCUAUCAAAUAAUAUAUGGGGACUUUUUCUUCUUAGCAUUAACCUUCUUUUAGAUGGAUAUACUAAUUCAACGCAAGACCAAAUUUUUAAAGUAUUCCCAUAUGUUUCCGGCCCAUGGAUGAUGAUGUCUAUGAAUAUUGUAUCUACAAUAGGCAUGAUAUUAUACCUAUUUUGUUUUACAAAUGAAUUAAUAACAACAUACGAAUUUGUUAAAAAAUAUCCAUCAACUACUCGUGAUAUUAUUAUUUAUGGGUGUUUAGGGGCAAUUGGACAGCUAUUUAUUUUUCAUACUUUAGAAAAAUUUGGUAGUUUAAUACUGAUAACAAUCACGCUUACUAGAAAAAUGUUGACAUUAUUAAUAAGUCUUAUUUGGUUUAAUCAUAAACUAACAAUUGGUCAAUGGAUUGGCAUAGGCUUAGUAUUUUAUGGAGCAACCCUAGAAGCAUACAUGAAACAUACUCAAUUAACUAAAAAAAAUCAUAAGCAUACUAAGAGUUAA